GAGGAAUCGAGCACCCUUGAAUUUAUUUUUAUGCGAGUCUUAGGUAACUCGAACUGGACCUGAUCCUUUUCAUUCCAUCUCUCUCAGCUGCGCUGAUAGGGCUUUCUGCAGCUUUAAAAGUUACUUUUAUUCUACGCGCUCGUUCGACUGGCUGCAAUAUAUACUCUACUUCUCGCCUCUGCCUUUCAGCAGGGCAUCUUCCCAUCCAUGUCAACAUCACGAGACUUCGCUGUCCCAGCGGAGCACGAUAAUACGAUGCAGCCCCAGGACGAUAUAGAGCAGAGCAGUCGCCAAAGCCAUUCUUCCAACACCAACGUAUCUGACGAGAAGGAUCAGCAUGUCCGCUACAACCUCACCCUCAACACACAGAACCUCUCCCCGCCCAAGGCUGAGCCUAUGCGGCCAGUGCGUUCCGAUACAGAGGUCCAUCGCGAAAUGACAUUUUCACCCUCGAUAUUGCGACGCCGAAUGACUCGCGCCCCAACGUUCAAGACGGUGGAGGAUUAUGAUGAGUUCGACACUGCCUUUGGCGAUCGCCCUGGUUGGCAGCCUGGCUCCGAGCCUGGUUAUGACCCAAAGCUUCCCGAUGGAGGUCAUGCUUCAAUGCCUGCACUUCAAGCACCCUGUGAGAUUUCUGUAAUCGACUUUUCGCAAGAAAAAAUGGUUAAGCGACACUUCGAUAAUGUGAAUUUCAUCGACUUCCUUGAACAGCCAAAGGAAGAAUGGGCCAAAUGCCGAUGGAUCAACGUCAAUGGACUCAGUUGGGACGUUAUUCAGGCAAUCGGCAACAAGAAGGGUCUUCACAAGCUUGCUCUGGAGGACAUGAUGCAGAUUAGGAACCGGACGAAAGCUGAUUGGUAUCCCAACCACGCUUUCAUCGUCAUGACCCUGCAGAAGCUCGUCCACCUGGUAGACGAUGAAGAUGACACAACCAGCACAACCAGCACAUACUCUAGUAAGACGCUCGGCGCUUUGAGGGGCUCAGUGAGGCAGCUUUGGAAUACUCGCAGGGCGGCCGACCCCGAGAAGAACUUUGAGACCUCGCUACGACCACAGGACCCUAUUACAGCAGACCUGCAAGAGACGGGCAUGAUAAGGACAUUACAGCGUUAUCACGCCUCGGGAAAUGAGGCACGAACAGAAUUCAUGGAGAGCCAUUCAUCCCUUACGCCAUAUCAGAUGGCCGUUUCGGCAGAGCAGGUCUCCAUAUUUCUAACAUCAGAUAACACGGUCAUCUCUUUCUUCGAGGUCUCAGCGGGAGAUAUUGAGCGGCCCAUUGUCACCCGUCUGAGUACCCCGGGCACUAUUCUUCGCGAGUCCAAUGACGCGUCCCUGUUAUGUCAGGGCAUUAUCGACGCCAUCAUCGACCUUGCCAUACCUUUGACGUCUAUUUACACAGACAUUAUUGCCGACAUUGAGCUAGAUGUGCUCACCUCGCCGAGUAUCAGUCAAAGCAAAAAGCUGUAUAUAUGCAUUAGUGAGAUCAACAAAAUGCUGAGCUUCCUCAACCCUAUUGACAACCUGGUCAAUGUUCUGCGGGAUCACAAGACACAUAUGACCCACGAUCAAGCCAUGCAGGCACUGGAGAACCCUUCAACUGGUGUUAUUGUCACUCCCAUGACCCACACAUACCUAGGCGAUGUGCUCGAUCACUGUAUUAUGAUAACUGAAGCUCUACAACAACUCAAACAAUCAUCCGACAACCUUAUCAACCUUAUCUUCAACACCAUAUCAGCCCACCAGAAUGAAUCGAUGAAGCAGCUUACCACUGUGACCAUCAUUUUCCUCCCUUUGACAUUCAUAACAGGAUUUUUCGGACAGAACUUCGCGGAAGAGGGGUUCCCCGAAAUCCACCAUGGUAUUUGGUAUUUGUAAGUAUUCAUUUCAUCCAAUGUACAGGGGAGACGAGAAAACUUGGGACCUCUAUCCUAAAUGACGAAAAGACUUGAGGUAAAUCCGGGAUAACUUAGUCUGCCCUGAGACUAGUUAUUCUGGCACCUUGGUCAAGAGUCAGAAGUUUUCUUGCUCCCUGGCGCUUGUUUUCUUGGGCUGGGCUGUUUACAGCGCAAUACUUCCGAAGUAAUGCACAAUACUAACAACAUUGUAGCUGGGCCUGCGCCGUUCCGACUGUUGUAGCGACCAUCUUGAUUCUCAUGAGAGAGAUGAUUUACAACUGGCUGGUGCGAGUCGUACAAAGAAGACAUAUCCUUACACUUAGAAAAAAGAAGAAGAGAUCCAAGCAGCAAAAGAUCAAGCUUAAGGUGUGACGGACACGCUGCGGGCAGCAUAAGCUCAGGAAGCUUUUUGAUGGGCUUAUUUUGGCAUCCCUGUUAUAAGGCCCGAGAUGCCUUUUCUCCCCAAGGGCCGCUUAUGAGGUUGAAUGGCGGGAACAUUUGCAUUAGUGAUACCCAAGUAUUGGCAAAGGAGUGGGCGUGAUUAAUUUGUGAGUGGCAGUGGAUUUGAGUAUAGCAUUUAUGAACAAACCUUACCAAGCGCACCAGCCCUUUACUGAAGGGUGUCAAAAGCCUGAGAACAAAGCAAGCUAUAAUAAAGUUACCUAAAUUUAUGAAUUAAAGAAAAUGGUGUUCUUGACUAAAUUCUUGAUAGUGUUAUAGAGAUUUACAUAUUAAAUUGAGAUUAGACUUGAU